AUGUGGUGCAACUUUUUCCAAAGCCGUCAAAACGCCGUCCUCUUCGAUGGCGGCUUGAGAAUUGAAUCUCCAGGAAGAGUACUCUACAAAAAUAAGGUAAGUUCUGUAAUCGUAUCUAGUGACCUUUUGUCAUCAACUUUCAAGUGUGAGAUUGGCCAAUAGCCCUAUAAAUUUGUGAUGUUUUCAGUGGCUAAACCGCUAUGUUGUCUGCCAACGAAGGAAUGGAGCGGAAGCCCCGUUAAUUGGGCUGUUCAAAAAUGACAAAACAAGGGAAAAAGGGCAGCAUCUGGAGCUGUUUUACAUGCAGAAUUACAUUGGAUAUGAGUAUGGUAAGCGGCGAUUUUUGGGUUCUUUAUAAUGACUAAACAUUUUUGAGUCAGAUUGCAAGUCAAAAGUUAUAAAAUUGGUUUCAAAAUGGAGCUCUUUGGGCACGUUUUGAUGUCAUGUUCCCUAUAGUAUCAGUCGCCGCAAAAAGUCUUUGGAAUUUUCUGCGACUCUGCACUGUGCGCGAACCCGAAAACACAUUUUGCACCGUGCAUCCGGCCCAAAAAGUGCUUUUGCAUUGUGGAAUUUUGUUGAUUUUGCCUUAUUGUCGCGCGCGAUUCCCACUUUUCUCAGCGACAAAUCGACAUUUCGGAGUGCGACGGGAUUUGGGGGCCGCGAAAAAUUCCAAAGACUUUUUGCGCCGACUAGUAUAUUAUGCAUGAGUGUAGCAAUAACUUUUUAGCAACCAAAAUAAAAUUUAUUUUUAAAAUACGAAUAGCUUACCAUUGUGUUAAUAAAACACAGUUUUUUUUCAUCCAUCAACCAUCAUUUUACAGGUUUCAAAGCUGGCCGGACCACCAAAACAUUAGCUCUAAUUAUGGAGAACAGAAUCCUCGUCCUCUCGUUUUGGACAGGAGAAUGCAUGGUGUUGUGGAAGGAGUGGCUUCGAGAUAUUUGUGGGAGAAGUAGGUUGAAUACUUUGUCUCAGUGCCCUUACAAUCUUAGGCUUCAUCUUCUGCAUGCAUGUCAAUCACAUGUCGAGGACGGCGACGCUGCAAUUGGUGGGGAAUGAAGUGAGAAUUCAUUUAACGGUAAGAGUUGUUUAAAGGCUUAAUUUUUUUGGCUUUUAUCUCUGGCGUGUACAUAUCGAUGUAAAGCUUAGAGUAGACAAAGAACAUGUUUGCCCAUACCCAAUUUGUCAUAAAUAUUAGGUCUAAAAGUAUGACUAGGCCGUUUUUUUUGUCUUGCAUUUUUUACAGGUUGGAAUAUAAUCUUGCAAUUUCUGUUUAUAUGCUAUGAAACAACGUUGAAAACGCUAUCUAAUGAUAUACGUUUUGUACAGUAAGGCCUUAUAUAACGGUUUUUAUAAAGCUUCAAAGAUAACCAACUUCAUCUUAAGAAAAGGUGACUUGCGGGAAACUUUAUUCUGUACGUGUAAUGUCAGGAAAAAUGCCGAUAACGCAUCGAACGUUUCCAGAAGCUUGCGUUAGUCGUGCCUUGUGUGGAAAAAGCCUAAUAAUUUACGUUUUCAGAAGACAAUGCUGACAGUUGUCCAAGGUUCUCCUCCCCUGCAGAUCGUCUGCCUCUCGCUCCGUUCCCUCGGCAAAGUUGAAUGUUCUGAAGGCGAGCUCUCUUUCGAGGCUUCAGUUCGCACCUGGCUGAAGCCCCAUUCUUUUUCCUUUUCCGGCGAUCACACAGCUCAAAUUCAUCGUACCCUAAGGCUAUUGCUGAAGCCCGAUCAAUUCGUAAAUCCCAUUCCGAACCCCUCGGACUCCAUUCACACAAACGUCAGCGUUCUUCAAGCCCAUCCCUCUCAUAUGCAUUUGACUCAUGGGAAUGGCCAUUCAAGCAGGCCUAGGCCCGCUGAUUUUAUCACAAACUCCAUGCCAAUGCUGGCACAAUUGCCUCGGAGCAAUACGCCGACAAUCGCCACUACGCCGGCUCAGACAUUGCCACUGCCGCCGCGGAGAAAUUACGCCACAGAUCGAGCGGGAAGUCUGAUCCAUCAUUAUGUAAAUACCGGGCCUACAGGUAAGUCGCAGUAGGAAUAGAAAGCAGAUCAUUAGUAAUAACAAAUGCCUAAUUGUUACUGGUAAUCUCAGAGUCUUUGUAGAGCUGACCGCCGAAGAGAUCGCCGCCCAACAACAAGCCCAGUGUAAGUCCGGGGGUUUAUGCCGUUUUCUUUACCUUCCUCUUUAUUUGUAGCCCAAAGUCUAACCUCGCUAAUGCAACAAACCUCCAUGGCUAGUGCGCUUACGACCAUGCCAAGGUGGGCGGAUCUUUUUUGUUUUCUUUUGGAGCUAUUAUAAUUUUCAAAUUUUUGAGGGGUCCUUGAGGAAAUUGAAUUUUUAAGUUUUGACCCAAAGAAACUUAUCGUACUUUACUCCAGCUUUUCAGCGAGUUCGAGACCUUUGACGACGCGGACCGUCAGUAUUUCAACGUGCACCCGAUGGACCCGUCAGGCCUACUGACCAGCAUGAGCAACAACGGGUCCGCGGGUCGGACUGGCUCCAUCCAAUCCAUCCAUCCCUCUCUCAACUUUGUCCAUCGGCGCCAGAACAGUCAGACACCCUCGGGGCAUGCGGUGCAGCCCGUGAUUAGGGUGAGUUUGGGGUCUGUGGUCCAAAAAAUGGAAACUUUUUUCCAUGGGUCCUGCCGCGAAAACCUUGAGGUGUAGCCACAUAACUUUUCCACCAUUAAAUUCCCCGUAGUUUUCUGCCCUAGGUGAUUUAUUUUCAUGGCCAUAUCGCUUGGUUAACAUGUUUGUUUUGAGUGUAAAACAGAGGGACCUCGAUUUCCGACCUAUUACUUUUGUUUUGCAAAUCUUUUACUCUACGGACUUUAUGGACAAAAAAAAAUUAAUUUUUCCUCUGAUUCCAGGAGGACGAGCAAGAUCACGCCGAUCAUUCCUCAUUUUCCAACGAGGAGAGUCAACUGUCCCAUGAGAAAGUCUACGCCACAGCGGAGACUGUUCAGACCUCCAUUUCUCAGGAGAAUUUAGUGUCAACGAGUAUGUUUAUGCCUCCAAAAACGAGCAACACACCGGCUGCCAAUACUAUGGGGCUGGUCCGACCGAAUGUAAAUAUCCCACUGCUCGGGCGAACAGUUGAUACUCCGGUUCGAAGAUCGUUGAAAAAGAAACUUUUGGAUGCAGUUUCUGGAUCGUUUGAGGUGAGAAAACGUUUUUUAAAUGAUAUAAAAAUCAUCCAGAAUUCGCUUAAUUCAUCCCAAUUAUUCAGCAAUACGACGGCGACAACACAACCAAAGGCUACGCCGAUGAGGACAGCGAGACUUUUGCUCGUGUUUUUGACGCCAUCCCCACCUCCGACACCUCUCCCAACUCCACAACCCACCAUCGACGCUUUGAUCAUUCCGUCUCCUCAUCCACGAGAUUGGAAACAGCUGUUCAACGACAGCGAGAGAAGAUGAAAGAGAAGGAGAAGAGACGGUCCGUGACCUCGGUCAGCUCCACCGACACUUCCUCGGGCUCGGCGUACCAAACAGUCCCGGUGAAAAUGCCCAAGCCUCACAAAACAGUCGCCUAUUCAGUGUAAGUUCAGGGUAAAAUACGUAGCUUUUAUAUUUGGAUACUGCUAUAAAAAAGAUUUUUUUAGAACACCAACAGAGUCCAUCAACACGCUGAUUACGAAUACAGUCUCGGACGACCGGACCUCCUUCAAUACAGCCAUUUACACGGGGAGUGCCUAUCAAGGAAGUGUCAUUGGGGGAUACGAAAAAAGCACUGCUACUCUUCCUGUAAGUCACUGCCAAGGAAAAUACUAUCAAGCCAUUGUGUAAUCAGGACAAUACAGUCAAAAAAUAUCUCCUAUAUACAGAUUAGUCGCAUUUAGACGCUAAUUUCUGGCCUCCAAAUAUGAGGACAUUUACGACUAUCUUUUGAAACUUUCCAACACUUUUUCGCUUUUUUUAAUGAUAAAAAAGCUUUCAAAAAUACAGGAUCUUAUUCUUCAGGAAGUGGAAGAGAACUCGCGCACCGAUUCCGUCCAAUCCAAGCGUUCCUCCCCUCCCCAUUCGCGCGGAAUCUCCACCGUCUCUUUGCCAGUCCAACACCAACUUUUAAUCCAAUCUUCUUUGCCUCGAAUUCAAUCCCAAUUCAUCGAAGAAGAUGACCUCGGUUCUCAGAUGUCCAUCCAAUCCGAGCUCAACGAUCGGAUUGUCUUCGAAAGAGGCCGAACCCGCGCCUCGGGCCGAUCUGCCAACAAGAACAGAUCGGCCGACCACAGAGAACAAAAACAGCCGGCAUCGUCGCUGAACUACGUCUCCAUCGAUCCCUCCUCGACAGCAGCGUGGCUGGAGAAAUACAAAAGAGAGCAAGCCAAAUUAAAGCACCAGAAAUAA